GGUAGCCAGAGGGCGGUGGCAUUUCUCUCUCUCUGCGUAAACGGAGAGAGUGAAGAAGGAGAGGGCGCACGGAGAGAAAACAGAGCUUAGUGGCAAAGCAGCAGUGCCGCUGACACGAGUGAGAAACCCCGUGGUUAUUUCCACCACCACCUCUCUCUAAAGCUUAACCUGCGCCGUUUGAGACGGACUUAGAUAUCGGGACUACAGGCUACACACCUACUCACCUUUGGUUUUGGACAGCAGAUCCUCUGGUGGAGGGGGGGGGUUCUUGUUUCCCCCACCGUGGACCGAGGAGUUUUGUGUGUUCAUGUGUUUUACGCGUUGUUUGUAAUGAGGAAAAGUGGACAGAGAAGUGGAAUAGGACACCGGGGUUGCAGCUUGGUGAGGAUGUGCGCCACGCCGGGGAUCUUGGUUCUUCUGGUGUUCCUUCACCCAGGAGUCGCCCAGGUAAGAGAUGAUGAUGACUUCCUGAGUCUUAGCGAGCUCCCGGAAACCUUCCCAUCGGACCCUCCGGAGCCCCUACCUCACUUCCUGUUCGAACCUGAGGAAGGCUACAUUGUCAAGAAUAAGCCUGUCAAUCUCUACUGCAAAGCAACACCUGCCACACAGAUUUACUUCAAGUGCAACAGCGAGUGGGUCCAUCAGAAGGACCACACUGUGGAGGAGAGAGUGGAUGAAAAUUCAGGUCUGGUGGUGAGAGAAGCCAGCAUAGAAAUAACACGGCAGCAAGUCGAGGAGCUUUUUGGGCCUGAAGAUUACUGGUGUCAGUGUGUGGCUUGGAGCUCAGCUGGAACCACCAAAAGUCGCAAGGCACACGUCCGCAUUGCGUACCUGAAGAAGUCAUUUGAACAGGAACCCCUGGGGAAGGAAGUUUCUCUGGAGCAGGAAGUGCUGUUGCAGUGUCGCCCUCCGGAGGGCAUACCAGCUGCUGAGGUGGAGUGGUUGAAGAAUGAAGAGAUCAUUGACCCAGCAGAGGACAGAAACUUCUACAUCACCAUUGACCACAACCUCAUCAUAAAACAGGCGCGUCUGUCUGACACAGCCAACUACACAUGUGUGGCUAAGAACAUUGUGGCCAAAAGACGAAGCACUACAGCGACCGUUAUUGUUUAUGUGAAUGGUGGUUGGUCGACAUGGACUGAGUGGUCAGUGUGUAACAGUCGUUGUGGACGAGGCUUCCAAAAACGAACCAGGAGCUGCACUAACCCCGCCCCACUCAAUGGAGGCCUGCCCUGUGAGGGACAAGCCAUCCAAAAACUGCCCUGUACCACGUUGUGCACUGUGGAUGGUGCGUGGACAGAGUGGAGUAAGUGGUCAGCCUGUGGGACAGAGUGUACCCAGUGGAGGAGGAGGGAGUGCAGCGACCCAGCUCCUAAAAAUGGAGGAAAGGACUGUGAGGGGCUCAUCCUCCAGUCUCAGAACUGUACUGAUGGACUCUGUAUGCAAAGUUCAUUGUUUCAGAAGUCCACUGAGCCCAAAGAAAAGAGCGAUGUGGGAAUCCCAUCUGCUCCAAGUACAGAUGACGUGGCUCUGUACGUGGGCAUUGUCAUCGCAGUGAUUAUGUGCCUGGUCAUCUCUGUCAUCGUGGCUCUUUUUGUCUACCGCAAGACACACCGCGACUUCGACUCAGACAUUAUCGACACCUCAGCGCUGAAUGGAGGCUUCCAGUCUGUUAAUAUCAAAACAGCCCGGUCAGCCGAUCUACUGACAGCUCCUCCUGACUUGACAAAUGCAGCUGCCAUGUAUCGUGGUCCAGUGUAUGCUCUCCACGAUGUAUCAGAUAAAAUCCCGAUGACCAACUCUCCUCUCCUGGACCCUCUUCCCAACUUGAAGAUCAAAGUCUACAACUCUUCUGGUCUGGUCACACCACAGGAUGACCUUGGAGGAGAUUUCACAUCCAAACUGUCUCCUAAGGUAACUCAGUCUCUCUUGGACAACAGCGACACCAUGAACCUUCGCAACCAGAGCUUAGCCCGAACUCGAGACCCUUCCUGUACGGCUCACGGAUCCUUCAACAAUCAGGGAGGGCACCUCAUUGUACCCAACUCCGGUGUGAGUUUGUUGGUUCCUGCGGGUGCUGUUCCUCAGGGUAGGGUGUAUGAGAUGUACGUGACCGUGCACAGGAAGGACAGCUUGAGACCUCCAGUAGAGGACAUCCAGACAGUGCUGAGCCCAGUGGUGAGUUGCGGACCUCCAGGAGCCCUGCUGACUAGACCAGUGAUCCUCACCAUCCACCACUGCGCUGACAAUGUCCAGGAAGACUGGUUCAUACAGCUGAAAAACCAACUGGCCAUGGGAGAAUGGGAGGAUGUGGUUGUAGUGGGAGAGGAAAACUUCACCACCCCCUGCUAUGUGCAGAUGGACAUGGAGGCAUGUCACAUCCUAACAGAGACACUGGGGACUUACUGCCUGGUGGGCCAGUCAGUUGGCAAAGCAGCUGCCAAGAGGCUCAAACUGGCAGUUUUUGGACCUGUCUCCUGCACAACUUUGGACUAUCACAUCAGGGUCUAUUGUCUGGAUGACACACAGGAUGCACUCAAGGAGGUUCUUCAGAUGGAGACCCAGAUGGGAGGGAAGCUUCUGGACGAGCCAAAGACUCUGAACUUUAAAGACAGCACACACAAUCUGAGACUGUCGAUCCAUGACGUGCCGCACACACACUGGAAGAGCAAACUCAUUGCAAAGUAUCAGGAGAUCCCAUUCUACCAGGUGUGGAGUGGCAGCCAGAGAACUCUUCACUGUACCUUCACCCUGGAGAGACUGAGCCCAGCCACCACAGAGAUUAGCUGCAAACUUUGUGUGCGACAGGUGGAAGGAGAAGGACAGAUCUUUCAGCUCAGCAACACACUGGAGGAGGAGGUCCAGUGCAUAGACACAUCCCUGAUGGACCCUGCCAGUAAUAUCACAACCUUAGUGGGGCCUAAUGCCUUCCGCAUUCCUUUAUCCAUCAGGCAGAAGCUGUGUGGCAGUCUGGAUGCACCACAGACCAGAGGCAAUGACUGGAGGAUGCUGGCCCACAAACUCAACCUUGACAGGUACCUGAACUACUUUGCCACCAAGUCCAGUCCAACAGGUGUGAUCCUGGAUCUCUGGGAGGCCCAGCACUUCCCUGAUGGAGACCUAAAUGAACUGGCUGCUGUACUGGAAGAGAUGGGUCGCCAUGACAGUAACCUCACUUCUAUGACAACGGAGCACUGACCAGGCAACCUGGUUACCAUGACAAUGGACAGAACUCUGGUGACGAUCACAGGUGAAUUCUUUACAAUGGAUUCUCCAGCUAGGGCAAUGAACCAGUAAGGUAUGAGCAAACAAAAAGCUGUCGCCAUGGUGAGUGAGCACCAAUUAAAUACAAUGGUGAUCAUGCUGACAUGGUAACAGACAGAGGGAGAGAUGCGCGAGAUAGUGCUGGAACAGUGUGUGUAUCUUAAUGUGUGUAUUUGCGCAAUGUUGCAGUCUCGUAUGUGUGACUGAUGGAGAGAUAACCCUACCUUCCACACAAACAGAGUCUAUCAGGAACAAACAAAACGCACGCCUAAAAAAAAAAGACUUGGUCUGGUAUAACGCCAGUCGUUGUUCUCUUGCUAUUACUUUAUACUGAACAAAGACAAGUAGAGAGGGGGGGGGAAAAAAGAUGUUACAGAGGUUCUGGCCUUGGAAACCUCUAUGGGGAUGGAACAGAAGUGAGAGGAACUAAAGUGAUUACACAAGAGUAGGAGAGGGCAGAUUGAGGAAAAUAGAGUGAGUGUGAGACUUUUCGGUAAGAUGAGAGUAAACAGAGAGAAGAUAAAUAGAUUACAAAAGAGAGGAAGGACAUAAACAAAAUUAUGGAAGAAGCGGCAGGUGAACAGGACGGAAAACAGGUAAUGAGAGCGAGGAGAGGUAAAGAAGUGAUCCCACUCUCCUCUUGUGAGCCUUGGCUGUACAUGUUUGCCAGUACAGUUUGUUGUCUUUUUAUCGUUUCCCAGGGAACGCUCUAUGUAUUCUGCUGUCCAUAUGUGUGGAUCAUUUCCUGCUAUAACACAGAUUGCUACACAGUAACAGUCAGUCAAGGGUCCUGACCAGAAACAAGCUAGUGACAACAGGGUUCCCUUUUGGCUGACAUCAUCAUUUUGUCAGAUUAAUUUUGUUCAAAUUUUUGUUCAAAAUGCAUGAACAUAUAAAAUCCAGGUUGCAAGAAAUCUAAAAGGACUAAGUCAAAGACAACUGUCCCCUUGCCUUUAACUUGUGCCUCUUUUCUUCAAAAAGCCAGUCCAAAGAUGAUUAUACUGUUCACCUGAUGGAUGCAGGGAAAUAACAUAACUUAUUUUUUGUUUGACAGACUUGUUAAAUUGUCUGUUUUGAGGUAUAUUUACUAUUGCACUUAUGAUGAACAGAUAAACAAGGCAAAGAUGCAGACUGUCAGUUCUUCAUUCUCAUGCAAAGUACAGUAUGCGAAUGUGUUUGUUUCAUUGUAGUCAUCACAUACUAAGUGUAGAACUAGAUAAAUUUGUUACAGAGCAAUUUUUGCAUAUAGCAAAAAUUUGUUCUGCAUUUACUGUAUUGGUGGUUUACCAUAAGGACUGAAAUGAUGAUCUUCAAAUUACAAAUGCAUCUCAAACCAGAAUUAAGUGCUCUAUUCCUCCCCAAAGAGGAGGAGUUUGGUAAUUAAAGGCAGGGGAAUUCAAGCCGUGACUACCACAUUUGGUUAACUACAACUUGAAAUCUAGGAGUCUCCCUGACAGAUUGUUGAAGCUUGUUUCUGGACAGGGUCCAACAUGUAGUAGAGAGAGGGAGCAAAAAAGGGAUGAAUAAGAAAACAAGUGUGUAUACAAAGCAUUAUUUGAUACUGAAAUAAAUCCUUCUGAUAUCAUUCAUUACUGCUAAAUGUACCCAAUAUACUUUUCUCAAUCUUACCCAUAUUCAUAGGCUCAUCAGUUGUGUUACCUGCCAUCAGGUCACAUAUGAUCAUUUGCGGUCACUAGCACCAUCCAGUGGGCUUUUGAUCAUCUGAAAUGUGUAAAUAUAUAAUUAUCAUGACCUUGUAUUACCAUAAUAUUUUUGUUCAGUGAUCAUUAUCACUGUUUCCCCUACCAUUAUAUUAGGAGGGAAGCAGCUGGAGAGCUCGGUGGGUAACACCACUGACUUUGGUAUGGCAAGAUGGGGUUCGAUUCACUGU